UCCUUAUCCAACACUUUUGUCUUCGUAUCUAGAUAAAAAAGAAAGGAGAAAAAGAAAUGAUGAAUUUUUUGGCUAUUUCUCUGGUAUUAACCACACUUGUUACAGCAGGAUUUUUCAAUCCGAAUCCAGAGAAUAACAAGAAAAAAGAUGAUGUUAUUUUAAAAGAAGGCCCUAGAGUUGUAGUUGUUGAAUUUGAUAAAGAAGAUGGCACAAAAGUCUUAAUUUCUCCACAACAAGAAGCUGAAAUUCCAAAAGGAAAAUCAGGGUAUGUUUCUGAUCUCAAAGACAAGUUAUAUGAAAAAGCAGAAGAAGCAUCUUCUGUUCUUCCAAAUAUUGGUCAAGGAAUUUCAAGUCCGUAUGUAAAUCAAGAAAAUGGUGUAAUUGAUACUAAGCCUAGUGCUAAAGAUGUAGUUUGUGAUGCAUUUGGUAAGUGCAAAGAAAAAAUUGCUACCGCUUUUGGUAAAACCAAAGCUAAGGUUUCAGAAAAAGCACAUGAAACGGUUGAUAAAGUUGAUGAAGUUGAAGAAGGAGCAAAAGGGGCUGCUGAGAAAGUGAAAGAAAGUGUAAAAGAUGCAUAUAGUGAAGCCACAGAUAAGGCAAAGGAGAAAGUUGAUGAAGUUAAAGAAAAAACAAAGGAUUUAAUUGACACAACAAAGAGAAAAAAGGGUGAAGUGGAGAGAGAAUUAGGGGAGAAAUCAGAACAAGUGAAAGAAUCAGUAAAAGAAGGUGUAAAAAAGGUUAAAGAAGAAGGGAAAAAGGAGUUGAAAGAUAUACUAGGGCGAGGACGAGAAUUCUUCUAUGAUGUAUUUGUGUAUAUUUUUUCGCUAGAGAAUUUGCGAACUGUGAUGCGUUUGGUGCAUUUUCUAGGCUUUGCUGUGGCUUAUGGGAUGUGUAUUUGGGUGACGUUUGUUUCGAGUUAUGUGUUGGCUAGAGCUUUGCCGAGGCAGCAAUUUGCUUUGGUUCAGAGUAAGAUUUACCCAGUCUACUUCAAGGCCAUGGCUUAUUGCGUUGGUGCAGCAUUCGUCGGUCAUAUGUUGAGCCAAAAACGUCGACUUUACACGAAUUCGGCUGAAGCGGUUCAAGGUUUUAAUCUUCUGUCUUCGAUCGCUAUGCUUUUGGUCAAUUUGGUCUACCUAGAGCCUCGAGCCACAAAGGUUAUGUUUGAGAGAUUGAAGUUGGAGAAAGAAGAAGGUAGAGGUAGAGACAUAUUUAAUGUUGAACCAAACAGUAGAGGAGUGGAUUCAGUGUUGGAUCCAACAGGUACAAAGACAACUAGUCAGAAGACAGCAGCAGCAACAACAACAACCAGUAAACCUGCAGAAGUCUCUCCAGAGGUAGAAGCAGUGGUGAAGCCUCAAGUGGUCAGAUUGAGUCAGAAACUAAAGAAGUUGAAUUCAUAUUCAUCUUUUCUAAAUGUGCUCACACUAAUGGCUCUCAGUCAUCAUCUUGUUCAUCUUACUCAGUUAGUCGAUACCGGAAGCUGAAACUUUUGAUGCUUCAUUCUCCUCUAGUAUUAGUAUUAUAACACUUGCUGGUCAGAUGGUUUAGACUGUUUUCUUUCUUACUAUUUUGGUGGAGGAGAUUGUGUAGAUGCUCCUAGUGCUUUUUUUCCUCGACUUACUGUCUAGAUACUGUCUUUUGUUCUGUUUGUUGUACACAGCAAACGUUGAAUAGCAACUGAAACUAACUACCUCCCUGUUUACUCUUUCA